GUUGGCGAUGAACUCUCGCAUACCCGAAACCACGAACAUGAACAUUCAGUUACCUUACAAACAAAACACAGGGCUGAAGAUGAUCUUCAGGAGAUUCUGCCCUUCUAUUUCUGUUCGAGGGUUCUACUUUCUCUCAGUGGUCCUUUUGUGGCUUUGCAUCGCUUUUAUUCCCAAGUUGCUCUACCGAGCAAGAGGCUGAGCGUGGGGGCUAAUUGCUUAGCAUGAUCAACGAGCACUACUUAUCGCACUAGCUUAACAACUAAC